AUGUCGAACGCCAGCCCCCUCGUGGCCUCACCUGCCGCGACGGCUCCCCGACCAGCUACACCGGCAGCCAACGGAGUUCCGAGUCAACCGCCGCCUGCCGAUACCGUCCCCGUCGCGAAUGGCCAUGCUGCCCACACGCACGAGAACCGGCCCGCCCCCGCCCCGCCUUCGGCCGCUGCCAUGACGGGGAAGAAGGGGAAGCAGAAGAAGCCGGAGCCGACCGAGGCCUCGAAGCUCAUCGCCCAGCGCAUUUCCCAGCUCGAACUCGACGCCGCAGGAGAAAAGGAUCAGGAGGCCGAGAUUGAACGGGAAGUCAAGAAGGCCAACAGGGAGUUACACACCCAGACCUCUCGGAUGAACGACUUGCAAAAGAUUGAUCAUCUGACGAAGCGAUGUUCGGAUCUUCUGGCUGAGAUGAAACGCCACGAGCGAGAAAGCAUCAAGAACAAGAAGCGCGGCGACCAGCUCCAGAAGGAUAAGGACAACACCCGUACCGAGUUAAACAAGACCACGUCCCUGAAGGAGAAGCUAGAGAAACUCUGCCGGGAACUUCAAAAAGAGAACAACAAGCUUAAGAAUGAGAAUAAAACACUCAGCGAUACCCAAAUCCGCAGCCAACAGACAUGGGACGAAAGGUAUUCUGGGUUGCUCCGCAGGAUGGAUGACCAGCAGGAGGAGAAGGACAAUCCGCGCAAACAAGUGGUCGACAUGAAUACGGAAAAGUUUUUCCGAGAUCGCUUCAAGUCCAUGAUCGACCAAUACGAGCUCCGCGAGUUGCACUUUCAUUCCCAGAUGCGCACCAAGGAACUCGAGGUCCAGUAUAACCUCGCCAGGUUUGAGCGCGAGAAGAAGAACUACGAGGCUGAGCUCACCCGGUCACGCCAGCUUAAUGCGCAGGUGCAGACAUUUUCCCAGACCGAAUCGGAACUGAGACACCAGCUUAACGUGUAUGUGGAGAAGUUCAAGCAGGUCGAGGAUACUCUGAACAACAGCAAUGAGUUGUUUAUGACUUUCCGCAAGGAAAUGGAGGACAUGUCCAAGAAGACCAAGAGGCUGGAGCGUGAGAACGAGACUCUGAAGCGGAAGCAUGACCAGGUCAACAGCAACAUCUUCAAGAUGGCCGAGGAACGUACCAAGAACCUUAGCGAGGUUGAGGAUUUGAAGAAGAAGGUGGACAAGCUGAAUGGCAUUAUCCGGCAGAUGCAGCAGCAGGGCCGUGGCAUUCCCCAGGGUCUCACCAACCCUGUUGAGAAUGGGUACGCGGAAGGCGACCUCGAGGGUGACGAGAGCGAGUAUGAGGAUGAGUACGACGAGGGUGAGGAAGAUGAGGAGGUCAGCGAUGAUGGGGACGAGUACGAUGAUGAGACCGAGGACGAGUCGCAGCAGCAGCAGCAGCAGCAGCCUCAGCCUUAUGGCCCCGAAAGACCUCCCCCUGCCCCCGCGGCCACCACUACCACUAACGGUCAUCGCUAG